AUGUCAAAGUCAAAGGCUACCACACAGAAGGCCGCAGAGAGUCCCGCUCGAGAGAAAGUCUCGUUACUGGAUAAGCUCAAGCUCGCGGUGAAGGAUUAUUUGGAUCGCAAGGUGGAUGAGAUCCAGCUGCGGAAGACCGCCGAGGAGGUCAAUAAGGCCUCCAAGCAGUACAAGGCCGUCCAGAUAUCAUCACUGUCUCUGAAGGAAGUGGUGAAGGCCCUGAACCUUAAGCAUGACACCAAGGACGGCGAACUUCAACAUGUCCCUCAAGUGCCACUCCCCCCCCCUCCUAGCCGCUCCCCCUCUACCGAAGCCAGUAUCCGCUGGAUCAUCGACACCCUCCUCCUAAACGCACACCGUAUCGCCGCCUACCAGCUCCCCCAUGCCCAACCGAGCAACGUCCAAACCGAAAGGUCAUAUAAAUAUGGCCCGGUAUCUUUGAAGCGCGAAAGGGUUAUGCUGUCAGCGCGUCCCGACUACAGGAUUUGGUACGGCGAGGACGAGGCCGUGUGCCUCAAUGUCCUUAUCGUAGAAGCGAAAAAGACUGAUAUCGAGUCCGGCGUCGCCCAGGCCCUAGGGUAUAUGGGUGAGUAUCUGACGAUGCCUAUUAUAUUAUAUAUCAGAAAGCUAACCCGUUAA